AACAAACAGAACCAGCUGUUAUGGAUCUCGUAACAAGUUGGAAGGGAAGGUAAUUUCCCGGCAUUUCUAAAUAACUUUAAAUGUGAAGUUUAUUCUCAUUUAAUGCUCAAGAGUUUUAAAUCAUAAACAUGACACUACUAAAGACUUGUAACCACGUUUGGCGGCUUGGUGGACAGCGCGGGUUUUUCGGCAGAAAAAGAUACGACUUUGGAAAAUGCAACCUGGUUGAGCUUGGCCAAGUUUCACCGGAGCGACCGGUCCCGGAGCACAUCGCCAAGCCGAAAUACUACUUUGUGCGCAAUUCACCUAGCUCCGGCGAGGGACGGCCGGAAAUCAAAACGGACCGGCAAAUUCAAGGAAUGCGCGAUAGUUGCAAACUGGCCGCAAACAUUCUGAAGAAGGCUUGCAGUCUGGCCCAAGAGGGCAUUACGACCGAUGAAAUCGACCGGUUCGUGCACGAGGAAGCCAUCAAAGCGUCCGCAUACCCAUCUCCGCUACGGUACCUUGGCUUUCCAAAGUCCGUCUGUACCUCGGUCAACAAUGUGGCCUGCCACGGAAUUCCGGACGAUCGAAAGCUGAUGGAUGGGGACAUUAUAAACAUCGACGUGACGGUAUUUUUCAACGGAUUCCACGGGGACUGCUCCAAAACGGUUCUGGUGGGUAACGUUGAUGAACGGGGACGGUAUCUGGUUCAAUCUACGGAAGAGUCCCUUAACGAUGCUAUCCUGUGCUGUGGUCCGGACCAACCGCUGUGUGUUAUUGGGAAGGCGAUCUCCAGGUUCGCUCGACACAGAAAACUUACCGUGAUGCCGGCGUUCCUGGGCCACGGCAUCGGAAGCUUCUUCCACGGUCCACCGGAUGUGUUCCAUUUUGACAACGACUACCCGGGCGCGAUGAAGACAGGCAUGACGUUCACCAUCGAGCCAAUUCUAACUCUUGGCGGAAUGGACGCGGAAAUCUUGGAGGACGCCUGGACGGCUGUAUCGGUGGACCAAGCUCGCAGUGCCCAGUUCGAGCACACGGUCCUAAUCACCGAGGAUGGCUGUGAAGUUCUGACCGUGCCGGAUUGAACGUGAUAACAGUUUGAGUAAAUACAGGAAUAAACAUGAAGUUUUUUUAAUAGUGA